UAGAAUUAGAACAGAGAAAACGAUAACAUCAGGACGUCGUCAAGUUCAUCUAUUUUAUAAGGAAAACUAAAAUAUAAAACUGAAAUUACUGAUAAUUGUCCACUCACGGUCUCAACAGAAAAUACAUCAAAGUAAGAGCACCAUGAGGCUGUUCGUCUUGACACCUUUGCUGGGCCUAUGCCUCGUGCAUAUGAACGCAGCAGUCGAUAUAGGACCUCUUAGAGCCCAGUAUGAAGACCUUGGCCCCGACAUUUGGCAACAGAUAUUGAGUGGAGUAAUUAAGCCACCGAAAGAUGGAGGUCUGGUAGGAAGAGCUGGAUUUGCAUUAAAUCUGCCGACCGAUUUCUUUGACGAAAGAUGUAAAACAACUACAGAAAAAGUCGGCAACCAGGCAGAUAUCUGCUUUAUCGUUCAAACAUCGUGCCGAGAGACGAAAAAGGUUCAGAGUGACAUCCUUGAGAGCGUUUAUACCGACAUAAAGGAUAUUCUGAAAAACCUUCACAAUGAAACCAGAUUUGCUGUCGUACCUUAUAGUGGCAAAAUCAAGAAAAACCCCCAGUGGUUAAAAAGAACAAAACAGGUAAAAGAGUUGAUAAAACCUGGUAAGAACUGCGACGAUUGUAGAGCUGUGACGUAUGAAGCAUUGGACGCUUGUCGGAAAUUUCUUAAAGAAUCCAACUCAGCUAAUGACGUAAUACCAGAUAACAUUGUAAUCUUCACUGAUGGCAUUUCCGUCGAUCAGAAAUAUAAUAUGCCAACUGCAAGACGGAAGACCAAUCAAGCGAGUGUCGACAUUAAAAAAGAAGGAACGAUCAAUAUGCAAGUUGUGAGAAUGCACCCAAUAUCUAAAAGUGUUGACCUUAAUGGUAAUGAAGAAUGGAACGCGAUGAAAGUUCGUUAUGGGAGGGACAAAAUAACAAUACGUGAACUUGGUCUCAGAAAUAAACAAACGGUCGAUAUUGCUGUGACUGCUUCUACAAAAGAAGAUACAGAAGUAGAUCCAUGUUGUACCGCUGAUGUUGUUUUUAUACUGGACCGCUCCAACAGUAUUAGAAAACCAGAUGUUGAUCGCCUUUUGGAAUUCUUUGCUGAUUUCAUUGAUGCACAACAGAAGAUUCUUCAACCUAAAAAGAAGGACAGACAUGAAGGAUUACAGAUCGCUCUUUUGACGUAUGGACCUACCGUUGAAGUUCACUCAAGUUUGGGACAACAUGGGAAAGCAGGUCUGAUAGACGUUGCGAAAAAAAUCCCAAGGACGACUAACAAAUAUACAUCUACCCAUCUGGCUUUAGAAGCAGCAGGUCAUCAAUUGAAUGGGAAAAGGGCGAGAAAGGAACCACACGUAAGGAAAAUUGUCGUCAUAGCAACCGAUGGUCGCACAUGGAAGGUGAAUGAACGUAAUGUUGAUAGCGGAGAAGACACCAUUGCAGCAGCCAGAAAGUUAAAGAAAGAUAAAGUAGAAAUAUAUGUUGUUGGACUCCCCAACCACGAUGAAAAUAACGAUGGUUAUGAGAGGGAAUGGAAACACAUGGCUUCAAAGUCAAUUAAUUGCACGAUUGUCAACAUGCAAAAACUGGAUGAAAAUGGAAAAAGAGAAAGCUUUGAUCAACUCAAAUAUGUCGGAAUUCAUCUCACCGAGGAAAUCUGCACAAACAGAAAAGGAAUAAAGUGCCGUUGGAAUGAAGAGUGAUGACUCGUCAGUUAAAUCUUUUCCUGUAUUUGGUGUGUUUAAAAAAUUCAAAAUAUGAUUCCUACUAGUUUUAACAAUAGAAUAAAUAUUUUUCAAUAUUGCA